GACAAAGGCCCAACAUUAUAUUCCUCACUAUUCAUCCAUACCCUUGGUCUCUACAAUCAUCAAUCCAAAGUUCCAAACUCCAAUCGGUCCAUUCCCUUACGCUAAUAUUUUCCCGGAAAAUUCUCUGACAAAAUCAAACACCACCCCCCACAAGCUCAAUUUCUUUGAUUCUCUCAAAGCUCGAAACUUUUGCGCAUAACUCCAAAUGGGUCUCAAAGGUUUCGUGGAAGGAGGCAUUGCUUCCGUCGUUGCAGGAUGCUCCACCCACCCUCUCGACCUCAUCAAGGUCCGAAUGCAGCUCCAGGGAGAGACCACCCAACCCGCCCUCGCCUUACACUCUACCUCAACCCACGCGCCGCCGCAUCCUCCCGCUCCCAAAGCCGGUCCAAUUGCCGUCGGCAUCAAGCUUGUGCAACAAGAAGGCGUCGUCGCCCUUUUCUCAGGAGUAUCCGCUACCGUCCUCCGGCAGCUCCUCUACUCCACCACCCGCAUGGGCCUCUACGAUAUGUUCAAGAAUAAGUGGUCCGAUCCCAAUGCCGGCGGCAGCAUGCCACUAUCACGGAAGAUCGCGGCGGGGCUGAUUGCUGGCGGAAUCGGCGCCGCGGUUGGAAACCCCGCUGACGUGGCAAUGGUCCGCAUGCAAGCUGACGGAAGGCUCCCGCCCGCCCAACGACGGAACUAUAAUUCCGUGUUGGAUGCCAUCACAAGGAUGGUUAGGAAUGAGGGUGUGACUAGUCUCUGGCGCGGUUCAUCGUUAACGGUGAAUCGCGCCAUGAUAGUGACAGCCUCACAAUUGGCCUCCUACGACGAGUUCAAGGAGAUGAUACUGAAAAAGGGAUUGAUGCGUGAUGGGCUUGGGACCCACGUAACGGCGAGUUUUGCGGCGGGUUUCUUGGCGUCCGUGACCUCAAACCCCGUGGACGUGAUCAAGACAAGGGUGAUGAACAUGAAGGUGGAGCCGGGGGCGGCGCCGCCGUAUUCCGGAGCGUUGGAUUGCGCCAUGAAGACGGUGCGCGCGGAGGGGCCUAUGGCCCUAUACAAAGGAUUCAUUCCUACGAUUACAAGGCAGGGACCCUUCACGGUUGUGCUGUUCGUCACGUUGGAACAAGUUCGAAAGUUGCUGAAAAAUUUUUGAGGUGUACCAUGGUGUCCAAGAACAAGCUUCCACACAAGAUUUCUUUUUUGAAGACAAAUUUUGUUUAGUCUUAAGAUAGAAUGUGUGUUAUUUAAUUUCUUCCUGUUAUGCUCCUUUAA